AUGGGGCCCAGAAGGGCGCCAAAUUUCGGCGUUAGGCGGACCGUCCCGCCUUCGGGGCCUCGUAAACGAGACAGAAUGCGGGGGCGUGACACAAGUCGCCUCAUGGCGGAGAGCAAUCGCCCGAGGUUUCUGAUUAUUUCCACAUCUAUCUUUUGCUUGCCCUGCCGUCAUCCCAUGCGUACAUCCGCUCCUGCGCGCACCUCCCUGUUGUUCCCUUCCCGAAAUGCCGCCCAGGCCGACAUGGCAUAA